AUGAUCAAGGGAGCACGAGAAAAGAAACAGAAAGUAAAGGACGAGAAAUCGGAAGAAAAUAACGAUAAGAAUAGGCCGAGAAAGAAAAGGAGAACGUUGCAGGCAAGAGGAAACGCGAAAAUUGAGACGGAAAGACAAAGAGCAAGAGGAACGGAAGAGAGGAAGCAAGAAAUCAAGAUAGAAAGAAGAGACAGGACAAGAAAUCAAGAAGCGAGAGAGAAUAGAGAAGGAAAAAAAGAGAAGGAGAGAAUGGUAAAGCAUAACAAGCAUGAAAGGGAUAACAAACAAGAUAGAAAAUUAGAUAACGGCGAAGGAAAGAGGAAUCAUGAAGAACGAGGAAGAGCGACAAGAAGAAAGGAUACCAGCAAGAGACGCCAGGAAGAAAAAAAGUAG